AUGGGCGAAUCUUCAGAAGCAAGCUACGGCGCGACUGACGCCCAAGAUCCAAUAAAAGACACUGGAACAGAGUCAGUAAUCGAAAGCCGCAAUGCGCUCCAUCGUGGUCUUUCGUCGCGUCAAGUGUCCAUGAUUGCCAUUGCGGGAACUAUAGGAACCGGUCUAUUCCUGGGUACUGGCAGAAGUUUGGCUGCUGGGGGUCCAGCUAGCAUGCUCAUCUGCUAUUCUAUCGUUGGGUUCAUCGUCUACAUUACGCUCCUCCUUUUGGGAGAGAUGGCCACACAAUACCCCAUCGCUGGCUCCUUCACGGCUUAUUCUUCGCGAUUCGUUGGCUCGUCCUACUCCUUCGCAUUGGGCUGGAACUAUUGGUUCAAUGACGCUGUUAGCGUUGCUAGUGAUUUAACUGCUGCACAGCUCGUCCUCCAAUUCUGGACAACCUCACACACUUGGGCUAUCAGCUUGGCGUUCUGGGUCUUCCUCGUGGGCGUCAACUCAAUUCACGUUCGAUCCUACGGUGAACUAGAGUACUGGCUCUCCAUCCUCAAAGUCGCCACGAUUGUAGUCUUCAUCAUUAUCGGCAUCUUGGUCAACGUCGGGGUUAACACUGACCACCACUACAUCGGUGGCCACUAUUUCAGAGACGCCCCAUUCAUCGGCGGCUUUGGUGGCUUCGCUCGAGUCUUCGUGACCGCGAGCUUUGCAUAUGGAGGCACCGAAAGUCUGGCGAUCACCGCAGGCGAAACGAAGAAUCCGACUAAAAAUAUUCCUCGAGUCGUCAAAUUUGUCUUUUGGCGCAUCCUGAUAUUUUAUAUCAUCAGCAUUCUCCUAAUUGGGCUCAAUGUUCCUCACGACUAUCCUAAUCUCUCGACCCGUAGUGCUACGACCUCACCUUUCACUAUCGUGUUCAAGGAAGUCGGAUCCACGACUGCUGCGUCUUUCAUGAAUACAGUCAUCCUCACCUCUGUUCUGAGCGCGGGGAAUCAUGCGAUGUUUGCUGGCACUCGCGUUCUUUACGGUUUAUCCGUCUCCAAUCCACCCCAAGCCCCGGCCAUUUUCUCCAAGACCACCUCUUAUGGUGUCCCUGUAUUUGCUCUAUUAGCAACGAGCAGCAUCAGUAUUCUUUGCUUUGGCAGUAGCUUCAUUGGCAGUGGUCAGCUAUGGGGUUGGCUUCAGAACAUAGUGGGCGUUUCCAACCAGAUAGCCUGGUUGUCAAUCGGGCUUGCGAGUUGGCGCUUCCGCAAAGCGUGGCUCCGCCAGGGCCGCUCGCUGCAGGACCUCAAGUUCCACGUGUCGUGGACUAGAAUAUGGGGUCCCCCAUUCGUGAUGAUCUCAGUCACCGUCCUCAUUCUCGUUCAAGGAUGGUCUUCUUUCCACCCCACGUUCUCUGCCAUCGACUUCGUGUCACUGUACAUCGAAAUUGCGGUCAUGGUGUUCAUGUUUGCCGUCUGGGCAUUCAUCGUUCGUCCAUUGACAGGACGGAAAGCAACCCAGAAGCACAAGCUCCAGCGCAUCUUCGACCUGGUCGAGCUCGAAACCGCCGAUCUGGACAGCGACCAGCACCAUGACGGGGAGGCGGACAAACUCGACAACGAGCGACAUGAGCAAAACCAACGGAUUUGGUGGAGGAGACUGUUCUUCUUUAUUGCCUAA